AUGGUGGCGUGGUGGCGGAGGAAGGUGGUGCCCCGCGCGCGCCGCGCCUGGGCCGCCGUCGCAGCGCGGCUCCGCGCGCGCAGUGGUGGCAUUCUGAAGCUCCACGAGGACGUGAAGACUUGCGGCUACAAGGACGUCCAGGUCAUGUUCGACAUGUUGACAUCGGAACUCGAGGCUGCCGCUCAAGCCCAGAAGCCGCCGCCGUCGCCACCCCGCAAACAGGCGCUACCGCCUGCGUGGCCCGGCCGGUCCUCGUCGACGAUCCCCGCUGCGCAGUAG